CGCGAUUAUUCGAAGAUGUCGUUGAGGGCGAACUUUUAUGUCAUUCAAAAAAAUUUGAGCCAGCUGUUAGUUCUACCGCGAAGAAUUGCUGUUUUUGAAAACAGGAAAUGGGUGAUAACUUGAAUUAGAUCAAGUACCGGAAUGGAAGAAUACCGAGAGUUACCUCCAGAUGGUCAGAAUGAAAAUAUAGCAUUGAAGAUAUCAAGAGCUGGGGUUAUAGUUGAUCCUAUGCCAUUAUUGUACAAAGGCUGGCAGAAUAAUCAUGCUGAUCUUUCUUCUGGUUGGAAUGUAAAUGAGGAGGAUGUUAAAAGUAGGCAGAAUACAGUCGUACAGCCAGCCCUGGCUCCUGUCACAGACAUAAAUGGUAAAAACAAUUACUCUUUAUCUGGUAAUGAUAUAAGUAUGGAUCUUCUUGACCAGAAGCAGAGUAAGGAACAAGCAAAGCUUUUACAACGCUUCAAACAAUUGAAGGAUUGGCAAAAACAACAACAGGAGAAAUUGAUAUAUCAACAACAGCAGCAGUUGGAUGUGUUACGAAGUGAACAACAGAGAGUCCAAAGUAUGCUUGCUGCCCAACGUCACAAACAGUGGGGAGGCGGUAUUAAUGUAUUAUCACCUGGAAAGCAACAGACGUGUGGACCAAACUUGACCUCGGGCCUCUGUCCAUCUAAUGGUGUGCAGCAGCCUGCUGGAAUUGUAUCCUUCAGCCAAACAAUGCAGCCACACAUGAUACACAAUCUACUACAGACAAUCUCUUCUCCACGAGACAAUCUGCUGACUGAUUUAGAUUCCACAGGAGAGGCUACUAAUUCAGAUAUUGAUGAUGGGUUUUUCCCCCUUCCUGAAACAUCUUUUGAGAUCUGCCACCAAGAUGCAGAGGAUGGACAGAAAAUGAUACAUUUUGAAGAGAAGAAUGGAAAGGAAGAGGAUGAAAAGUUUGAAACUGCAGAUGAUGAGAGUGGAGAUUUAAGCAUUAAGAAUAACGAAUGUGACAUUCAUGACGAGCCUGUUGGAACAGGCCAAAAUGAUAAUACUAUUGUGGAUUUUGAUAACCAACCUGUUGCUGGAAAAGGCAAACAAUUUGAAGAACUUUUAGAGCAACAACUAAAGUUAGAUGCCCAGCGAGAAACUUCACCCAACUCAAAACCACAAAUUAGUGAAACUCAAACAAAGAGAACUUUCUUAAAGAGAGGCCAAGGAAUCUCAAGAUUUGGGAUGAAGAAAUUUCGUCUAAAGAAAAAAACAAGUGAAGGAUUAGGCAAGAAACCAGGAGAAUCCCGGAAAGGUGGAAACAAUCCAACAAAAAAGAGCAAAAGUAAAAUAGAUGAUCUGCAGACAAAUCAGAUAUCAAGAAAGGUUGCUGUAAAAACAACUUCAGUAAGGAAGUCACCACUGACUGCUUCAAAUAAACUUGUGUUAAAACCUCAACCAAAAUCAAAAAAUAGUGCAAUUACCAAGACAACUGUUGUGACUGCACAAGAUGGGACUUCAAAUAGCGCCCUCCGGACAAUACAGUCACACAACCAUUAUGAAGCCAAGGCACAUAUGGAGGAACAGUCUAUCACAGAUAAGGGUCAGUCAAAGCAGUCUUUACCAAUUUUCAAUGAUACACUGGAGGUGUCUUUUCAGAAUAAAGUUCAAGAAUGGCAAGUUAGAGUGGAGGAAGAAAAGGAGGACCUAGAUGAAUUUGAAACUUUAGAACAAGCAGCAGAUGACAAUGCCUCAUUUUCAAGCAAUGCGUCAUUGGUUGUUAAUGUCAUGAAAAGAGCUGCUCUAAAGAGACAGAAAUUAAUUGAGGAAUCCCAAAGAGAACUGAGGGAUGUAAGAAAUGGUCGAGAUCCUAGAGCUCCUGCCAUUGAUGUUGCACCAGAAGACAUUCUGCAACAUCGAAAUGGAGAUGUUAAUCAAGUUGCUUAUCAAUUCAAGAUGAAGGAGAUAGAUAAAAUUACAAGAAGGGAAAAUGAAGAAAUAGAUGUGAAAGAAACUAGGAGGAUGGGAGGCAGUCCAACUGAAGAAGAAGAUGAAGAUGAUAAUGAGAGUAAUGAUACUUUAGAGGAAGAUGAUGAAUCAGAAACAGAAAAAUUUACUCCAAAGAUGAAAAAGUUUUCAGCAGGAUUGAGACAAAGUAGGGAAUUUAUAGAAAUGAACGGUGAUGAGGAAGAUGAGGAAACUUCAAAGAAAGUUGCAACAUCAUCACAUGCUCUUGAUAUAGACUUUGAUGAUGAUGAAAGCUGGGGUGAGUUUGCUGCUGAGGAAUCAAGUAGCGAUGAUGAAAGCAUAAUUGCUGGAGCCCCAGUCAUUGGAGCAAAUAUUGUUACAAACAAAAACAAUCCCAUUGCUGUGAGUUUUAAGAACAUACCCCAAGGUCAUCAGUCUAGCUUACAUGGUGAUACCAGGAAUCAAGAAAGUGCACCCUCUACAGCUGAACUAUCAUCACAACUGUUUCCAACAUUAGUGAAACAUACACCUGAAGAACAGAUCCGUCAACAGGCACAGUUGCAGCAAGCUCAUCAAAUUCCUUUGGGCCAAGGAGUGCAGUCUAAACUUUUACGUGAUAAGCUCUCUGAACUUGAGACAGAAAUAGAACGAUUCCGCCGGGAGAAUGCUGCCCUUGCUCAACUCAGAACCGAGCGAGAGAAAGACCUUAAGGUGCUGAAGAAUGAGGUUGCAACAUUUGAAAAACAGAAAACUGAAGAACUCAAGAGUUUAGAAGAGUUCAAAAAAGAAGAAAUGAAGAAAUUGAAGAAAGAAAGGCGUAAUUUUGAGAAAUAUCAGCAGGCUAUGAAGACUAUGCCAGAUAAGAAAGGUAGAGAAGAAAUAGAAAGCUUGAAAGAUCAGUUAAGUGAACUUCAAGAGGAACUAAGCAACAAGGAAAGGCGAUGGACUGCAAGCUCAGGCAGAUUGCGCAAGCGUAUCGAAGUACUAGAAACAGAAAACAACCAGCUAAGAGAUGAAAUUAAAGUCAUGGAGCAGAAAAGAUUGGAAAGUUUAAAGAAAGAUAAUGAUUCUAAGAAAAUUUUAAAGAAAAAGAAAUCUGAAGAUAUAACUAGACUAUCAUUUCAACCCCUACCCGAGGUGUAUGUGCCAACAACACAGGCCACUGCCCCUAUGGAGUCCCCAUGGCAGCAAGCUGCUCACCUUAGCCAUCAGACUGGUGAUAGGGAAACUGCGGAUUCUGAAAAGAAUAACAGAUCAAUGAAGGAAGGCACACCAAGUCAUUAUGUUCAACAAAUGCAUAGCAAACAUGUAACACCAACUAAUAAAGACAAAGAAAGAUCACAGUCCAUACCAGCUGAAUAUCAACCUAGGCCAAGUGAAUGGGGCAGUUCCCCUAUGUCACAUCCUCUGAUGGAUAAUGAAGUGAACAAUAAAGAAGAUGAAAAGAGAGUUGGAGAUGAUGAAACAGAGAACAGUAUUCAGCAUCCAGAUGGCAAGGUUGAACAUGUUAACAAGGACGGGUCAAGAGUGAUUCUGUUUAAGAAUGGAACACGAAAGGACAUAAGCAGCGAUGGUGAAACAAUUACAGUGACAUUCUUUAAUGGAGAUAUCAAGCAGAUACUCCCAGACCAACGUGUUGUAUAUUAUUAUCAAGAGACACAAACGACUCACACAACUUACCAAGAUGGACUUGAGAUACUACAGUUUGCAAACAACCAAACAGAGAAGCAUUAUCCUGAUGGAACAAAAGAGAUAACUUUCCCAGACCAGACUAUCAAAUAUCUGUUUCCCAAUGGAAGGGAGGAAAGCAUGCUCUCCUAG